GGACUAAUUCAUGAAGACGCCAAAAGUUAGAGCCUUUUCCUGCAAAUUCCAAAUUUUCCUUUCCCCCAUAGCUUUCUCUUUCAUCUACUCUGCAAAAAUCUGCAAAUCAAUUCGGAAUCGCAUGCAUCCUCGUUGUUCCAAAUCAUCCUCUGAAUUUGCAUCCGUGCAUACACAAAUCACAAUCCAUCGUGUGCAUAUGCUAUGGAGCCCCCGCCACCUCAAUUAUUGCCACCGCAACCGCAGCAUUUCUCCGUCAGGCGAUACAACCACCGCAGCCACCGCGGUGAGGGCGGUGGGCCGAUGGAGAUGACGAAGGAGCAUUCCCACUCGGAGAAUAGCGAGAGCAGCAGCUCAGGGGAGAGGCGCGGCGGAGGCGAGAUGCGCCGCGCUGCGUUGGAUUGCAACCUGGCGUCGCUUUGUGAUCACAUCCAAUUGGAAGGGUUUAACAACGGCGUUUUCUCCGACGUCGUUUUGAAAGCCAUGGGAUCCACCUAUCACCUCCAUCGCCUCAUACUCUCCCGGAGUUCUUACUUUCGGAAUAUGCUCCAGGGGCCUUGGAAAGAAGCCAACGCUCCAGUUUUGACUCUGAAUGUGGAUGAUAGCAAUGUAAACGGUGAAGCGAUGAAGAUAGCUUUGACCUACCUCUAUGGUCAUUAUCCCAAGCUUAAUGACAAUAACGCGUUUCGUGUUCUAGCUGCUGCUUCUUUUCUUGACCUUCAGGAUUUAUGCGCCAUUUGCACAGACUUCAUUAUUGCUGAAUUGUGGUCUACCAACUUCUUAACUUAUCAGGUCUUUGCCGAGAGCCAAGAUUAUGGCUUUCAUGGGGAACGUGUUAGAAACGCUUGUUGGGGCUACCUUUGUCAAAGUGGUGCUCAGGAAUUGAAAGAGGUCCUCCCAAAACUUUCCUCUCAAACAUUGCUUGCUUUACUUACCUCAGAUGAGUUAUGGGUGCCCAAUGAAGAGAAACGAUUCGAACUGGCACUAUACACUCUUCUUGCAAAAGGCACACUUUGCGAAGAACAUAAUGAGCAGGACAGUGUAGGUUGUGAGGUCAUAGACAGUACUGAUUCUUCAAGAGUAAACAGAAAAUAUGUGGGCGAUGAAAGCACUAAUGAUUUGCUGGAAACUGAAAAGGGGCGCAGAAAAUCAAAAGCUGAAGUUGAAGGCCUGUACACUGCUCGUAAAAUUUUGGUGGAGCUUGCUGACUCCAUAGUGGAUUCUCAUUUUACUGUCGACAACUUUGGUGAAGCCCGAACAACAUAUGGUGAAUCUAAUUUGGAGUUAGCUUAUGAUUGUAGCAGUCAACAACCUUCAUCAAGUAAUACACUUUAUCCAGAUGACAUUAGUGCUUCAUGUUCUUAUUCAACUGUUGGACAGAGUAAAUCGGCAAGCAGUGAUUUGGCUUCAGAAGGGCCUUCAGAUGGAGAUCCGUGUUACCAAUUAAACAGGAGCUGGGCACCAGGAAAUCAAAUACACUGCAUUUCAAUGUCUAAUGAAUGGGAACGAUGUAACAUGUCACCUUUGACUUGGGGUGGUAGGACUGUGGGCAGAAGAGAGGUAAAACGUUGCCUAAAACGGAAUUGUGGGAUGAGCAGAGAAGAUUAUGAUUCUUUUGUCAACAUGUUUGAAGGUGGCUCUCUUUUAUACUGUAACAUGUCCUUUGAGACCCUCUUAAAUGCAAGAAAACAUCUUGAAGAAAUGGGCUUCCCUUGCAAAGCUGUGAAUGAUGGUUUAUGGCUACAGAUGCUCUUAAGCCAAAGAGUGCAAGAAGUUGGUGCUGAUACAUGCAAAAAUUGCUGCCGCGUGAGUAUUGCAUGUAUGUGCAGACAGCCAUUUGGAUACUCGACUGGAGUUACUGCACCUGGAUACUACAUGCAAGAUCACGAGCACAAUAAUCUACCCCCAAAUGAAAUUGGACAUGCCUAUGUCAAUAGUUCUGCUCAAGGGGAAAGAAACGGCCUCUUUAGGCCGGUUCGUGUACAUGACAGGGGCCCGAUUGAUGGACUGGCAGGCAUUGGCCGAGGAACUACAUUUGCGCCUGUAGCUACUUGGCCACCAACUCGUUAUGUCUUUUCCCGUGUUCCAUUUGGUAUUGGCAACCGAAACAGUCACCAAGCUCCUGCCAACGAUGGACCAGAUAAUAGGCCUGACAUCAAUGCGGACCUUGCUGGGGAUGGGUUAACUGUUUUGGUUGGGCUCAGUAUGGGAUCGAAUGAUGCCACUAACGUGCAUGAGGUGCAACUAGGAAGAGAAUUUGAGACAGAUCAGCAGAGCAGGCAGGUGGGAUCUUUUGGGCCAACUGGGCUAACUACCAAUGGCAUUCCCAUGCCAAUGAUAGACUCAUCGGGGCAUGCUAUGGGGGUUGAGUGGGAGAAUGCAAAUAGUUCUAUAUCAUUGGACCCAAAAACGCCUUUGAAUCACUUUCCGCCGCUUCGUUUUGCGGUCGAAUUCCAGGAUGUGCAUAGACUCUGUGAUGGCCAAGUCAAGCACUCCCCUGAAGCAUUUUAUGCUGGUUCCCUCUGGAAGGUAAGUGUCCAGGCUUUUAGUGAUGAAGAUCCACAAGGACGUCGUACACUUGGCUUGUUUCUUCAUCGGCGCAAGGCAGAAAUCAAUGAUCCACACAGAAAGGUCCAUAUGUACGUUGAUUCUAGGGAAAAGGUUACUGCUAGAUAUCAGUUGAUAUGCCCGUCGAAGAGAGAGGUGUUGGUUUUUGGGAGCUAUAAACAAACGGGCACGCUUCUGCCAAAAGCUCCAAAGGGAUGGGGCUGGCGUACAGCAUUGUUAUUUGAUGAGCUCGGCGAUCUACUCCAAAAUGGAACCCUACGAGUUGCAGCUGUAGUGCAGCUUAUCUGAUUCUUCUUAAGGGUCUGCUGCAUCUCUGGCCAUGGUGUAGCUAUCAGAGAUCAAGGGAGAGAUCAUGACAUAUGGUGAGAGAGAACGUGGUGGGAGGGAAAUAGAAUGAAAUAGUGGAAUUAGAAUAUCUAAAUAAAAUUUCAUUCGUUUAUGUUGUGAAAGAUCCUGCAAGAUUAGUGUAUAUUAAUUAAUGACAUAUUUAUAUAAAUUGUGCUCAGCGAGAGAAUUAAAAAUUUAAAAUACCACAUGCAUGUUUGACCUCGAUUAAUUAAAAAAACACGAAUUAAUGCUUCAUUGUUUUAUUUUGUGUGUCGUUUAUUUUGAUGCUGAGCUGUCAACAAAUGUAGGAAGCUGCACUAUAUAACAUUUAAAUGCCAUAGUAAUUAUCUACGAACAUGGGAGCAUAUAAUUAUCAUACCCCAAACUUGUUACAUAAUCAAGAUUUCAACUUCUCCUGAUCAAGAAAUGUUAGUGUAGGCUGUAAGUUAUCUUCAUGAAGAAAAGGUGACAGAAAAAAGGUAAUUAAUUUGCAGUCAAAAUAGAUUGUAAACUAGUAAACUCGUGGAUUCAUUACUCUUUUUGCAUUGGCUAUUACUCUAUGAGCAUGAUAAUUUUAAGGAUUUUAGUUUCGAAAUCUCCAUAGCUUCCUAGUUCGAGUAUGUUUAGGAGGCUUCCCAUGGUUAUAGUUUCAUUUCAAGUUUCUUGGUUUGAGUCCUGCAGAACUUUAGUAGAGUCUUGCCAACUGUGUGUUUCCCUUCUUUGAAGUAUGGCCUUUUCGAAGGCGUUAUCUCGUAAUCGUAUUUUCAGUUCUACUACAGUAUUAUUUUCUGUAUUCGUCUGUUCUCUUUUCCGUCAGUUUGUUGUUCAACUCCUAUCAUA